AUGCGAGAGAGCUUAUUGAUAAAAUUCGAUCCAAGUUUGCAGGGUGGAAAGCUAACACCCUUUGUAGAGCUGUGUCCCCCACAGGUGAUUAAAGAGAUGAACAGGUGCUGUAGAUCUUUCUUUUGGGGCAAGGAGGGUACUCCUCCUGUGGCUUGGAAGGAUGUGUGUAUGCCUAAGGACCAAGGUGGCUUAGGUGUGAAAAUGGCAAAGUUCUUUAAUCUCGCCGCUCUUGCAAAGCUAGGGUGGAAAUGCAUCACCGACCCAUCAAAUUGGUGGGUUAAGAAAAAAGCAAAUCAUUCUGUUGCUUGGAAGUCUAUUCUAGACGCUAGACAGGUUUUGUGCAAGGGUCUGAGGUGGGUUGUGGGAAAUGGUGGUUCUAUUCCUUUCUGGACCUCCCAAUGGGUUUUACCUUUCCCGCUCCUGGACCUCAUUCCUGAGCACCAAAGAGGCUCUUUGAAUCUUGACCAGAAAGUUGCAGACUUUAUCACAAAUAAUUCUUGGGACAAAAUUAAACUGGCUCAGGUGUUAGAUGAUGAUUUGAUUGAAAAAAUCAUAUAUGUUCCUUUGCCUAGAACUAAUGUGCAGGAAAAAUUGAUUUGGGGACCCAACCCCAACGGUGCUUUCAUUAUAAAGAGUGCUUAUAAUAUUCAGAUGCAGGACCAGAUUUAUCAUCCUCAAGCGAAUUUGCUAAAGAAAAUGUGGAAGCUAAUUUUUCCUCCGAAAGUUAAAAAUUUUGCUUGGUUGCUCGUCCGUAAAAGACUUUAA